UAUUAGGUUUUCCCAAAAGAAGCCAAAUUAGGUUUAUGAAUCAAAUAUGAAAACCCAAAUGCAUCUCUAGUCUUCACUCACGCGCGUCAUCUUCUCAGUCGCUACCACUGUGGCUAGGGAGAAUUUUCGUUAAUUCUAUCUUUCUCCUUGGCAGGGUGAAAAGGAAUAUGGGUGAUCGGCAAGGAAUUGAGCAACAGCACAUAGGUGAUCCCCAACUGCCAUCUUCUCCUCCCUCAAAGGAUGAUAUGGUUUCCUGUGUUAUGGCUUUGGAAGCUGCUUUGCUUCCCUGUUUGCCAGCCAGAGAACUCCAAGCAAUAGACCGUUCUCCCCACCCUUCACAUCAAAUUGAUGUGGAUAGGUAUGCAAGAGACUUUAUGGAGGCUGCCAAGAAGCUCCAGCUUUAUUUCAUCAGCCUCCAACGUGAGGAUAAGCCAACAAAAGUUGAAAUGCUUAGAAAGGAGAUUGCUCUGAUGGAAGAGGAACUUAACAUAAAAGACGAGCUGAUAAAAAAACAAGAAAAUUUAAUUCAGGAAUGGAAAAAAGAGUUGAAAGAUCAGUUAGACAAACACAAGACUGAGUUGGACAGGGUUUAGCGUAUGAUUAAUGCUGCUGCGCCUCUGCUGUUUAAAAUGUGGCUUAUGUUCUAUCUCACCUCUUCCUUUAGAAUAUUGUUUAAGUUAGCAUCCCUUAGCAUGAAAUUCCAACCAUACUUAAAUGGCUGAGAGUAGCUGUGCAUUGGAUUGAAUUAAUUUAAAGAAUAUUAUAAUUCAAACUCAUGUAACUUAAAAAAUA